AAUUUCUUCUACAAGACAAAACGACGUGACGUUCACACACAAAUUCUUUUCGUUGUUUUCAAGUAUACGUGCUUUUUCCUCUUUAUUACACUUUUAAGCGUCGACAACGAAUCCAAAUUUCAAUCUCUCUGCGUUUCGCUCUUCGCUCCAUUCUCUUUCUCGAUGAAAUGAAAUGGAACAUGCAAAUGGAAGAAGUAGAAGCGAUUCUCGAGAAAAUCUGGGACUUACACGACAAACUCAGCGACGCCAUUCAUUCAAUUUCGCGAUCUCAUUUUCUUACAUCGGUUAAAACCAUCACGAACUCUUCUCGCGAUAAAAACGACACUGUUGCCACUGAAACGACACACGACGGUGCCGGUUUUGUUUUUGUGAAGGAUUUUCGGCCGAAGAAUGAGGAUGUUGAUGACGCUGUUCAGGAAGCUAAGAGUCUUAAUGCUAUAAGAACCGCGCUCGAGAAUCUUGAAGACCAGCUCGAGUUUUUUCAUACCAUUCAAACUCAGCAGCGUGUUGAAAGAGAUGCUGCAAUUGCUCGUUUGGAACAGAGUAGAAUUGUUCUUGCAAUGAGACUGUCAGAACACCGUGGUAAAAAAUAUAAAGUCAUUGAAGAAGCUCUUGCUUUUGUUGGAGAUGUAGAGGAUGCAAGCGGCCUUAUUUCACCUGAAGUUUAUGGACAAACAAAAUGUACAGCUGAGAAUUUUGUAGCUGAUAAAGGGAAGAGAUCUAAUAUCCUCAUCAAUGCUUUUGUCUCAAGUUUCAAUUUUGUGAAGAAAUCUCUCGGGUUGGAUCAUAUGGGUGGAAUAGUGGGCAAUGCUGCUUUGGUUGCUGUUAGUAUGAUUGCUAUGCUUCAUUUACAUCAGGUAACUAACCAUGGACAUCCAUUUAGGGAAGAAAAUAGAAAUCACGGCAACAGAACUAUGAGAAGAACAACUCAAUUGGAUUCUUCUUCCGGUGCCCAUUCCAAUAAUCUGGAUGUAUUGUUGGCUAGAGGUUAGGAUUUUACCUCGAUCAUUGUGGUGGAUUGAUGGGGGUUAUGCCUCUAGCGAUGUGUUUGUUUUCUUUCUUUUGUUCUUUUGUUCUUUUCUUCUUUCUUUUGUCUGUGCUCUUGGUCCUUUGUUUUUUCUUGGUUUCAAUGGAGGGCCGAAACCUGGUCUGUGGGAGAGAGGAGAGAAUAUGCUAAAAUGGAGGCAUACCUACUCUAAAGAGUUUUCCCGAAGCGAGUUGGUAUAGUUUGAUAUAUGGUUUUUUCUUGCGACUGAAAGUUUGCACUAGUUGCUUAUUAGUUGAUCUGAUGAUGUGUGAGAAGUAUAGGUUCUGUUUGCGAAUUCCCACUUGUGGUUCUAGUGCAGAUGCUUAUACUUAGCUGGAUAGUGUCAUCUGUGAUAGAUUCCAACAUCAUUUUUGUGGGCUUUUAGUUUACAGAGUAGGUAUGCCUUCUACCUUGAUUUGUCUUGCUCUUUUUGGUCCCACAUAGUAGAAUUAAAAUCUUUUGUGAGAAUUCUGUUGCAAUGAAAGAGCUAUUUGGUGUCAA